AUGCCAGACGUUAAACCCCACACAUUACCAUCCAUGGAAGGACUAGCUAGUCAGCAAGAUCAAGCAGACCUUCAGGCUGUCUGCACUGGUAGACGUCGGACUUGUGCUUUACUGAACACUCCCUCACCAUGUGCCAGCAGUGCUAUCUGCCAUAUCCAAGACAUAAGGAGUCGAUUAAAGAUCUGGUUUCAGAAUGGUGUUGAUGGUUUUCACAGACUUCAGGGACUCUCUUUGAAAGUCUUAGAUUCUGAUUCUACAGACUUGUAUGUUGAAGGGAAAGCGAUUACUGCAAGAGGUUAUCAAAGAUCACCUCUACAGAAGAAAAUAGAAGAUGUCCUCUCUGAAGUCAUGCAUCUGGUUGAGCGUUUGGAGGCUGAUCGUCAGUUUGCAGAGGAAGCUCUGCAGAAAGAGAAGAGAAUACGAAGCGUCUUAGUGAGCAAAACUGACGGUAUUUCACUGUGGAAGCUAUCCGAGCAUCCCGCAAUUAUUCAGAAAGAGCACGAGGCUUGCAGUAGAGACAUCGCUGAGUUGAAAUGGCAGCUUAAACUGGAAAAUCAGAAAGUUGACGAGGUCCAGGAGAAAUUGUUGCAGGCUGAACUGCUCAACCAGAAAUUACAAGAAGAUAUUGAGUUUGCCAGAAACCAAAUCCCCAUUGUAACAGAAAACAUUGACCGCCAGAAAGGCGUUAUACAUCUGCUUGGAAUUGCCCAAGCUGAGGCUGACGACAUUCAAGCAAGCACAAAACAAGAUCUCCUCCAGAUUGAGAUGGAGCUUAGAAAGAUGGAAACUGAAGCCGACAUAGAAAGGAUGGCACAUGAGCACAGACAUGAGGAAAAAUUACAUGAGCUAGAUGACAGAUUGAAAGAAUUAAACAGGUUGAAGAUGCAUAAGAAAAAUCUGCUUACUGGGAUCAAGAAAACAAAAGAAACUAUCCUUCAUAAAGAAAAGAAGCAGAGAGAGCUUGUUACUCGACUCCCUGAAAUUGCUAAGCUUGAGAAAAUGGAAGAAGACAAAAUUUCACAUCUCAAUCUUGAAAUUGAGAAUAAAGUAAAAAUAAAUCAACAACUUGGAGGCAAACUAAUGUCAAUACAAGCAAAAUAUGAAACAAGGAAUUCCAUAUGCAAAGCAGAACUUACCUUUACAACGGCACAUCUUCAUUCAAGAAAUGAAGCUCUUGAAGCCUUAUUGAAAGAAAAUAAGGAUUAUGAACAGAAGAUUGAUGACUACAAGACGAAAAUUUGUAAGAGCGAAAAAGAUGUGAAGCAGAUGCGUGCAGAGACGAAACUGAUGCUCCAGAAAAUCACUGACGAUGACGAGCAUUGGGAAAAGGCCAAGGAGGAAUUGACUGAGGUUACAGAGCAGAAUAGUAACGCAAAGGCUAAACUGGACUUUCAGGAGAGUCUUAUCGUCAAGGAGGACCAGGACGCCAUGAUAUUUAUUGAGAGUCUGAGAAAAGAACUGACUCACCGCCUGAGUACUAUAGAGAAUCUAAAGAGGCAGCUUGCAGAAAUCAAUUUGGAACUAAAGGAACAUGAAGAACGUUCACAACUCACCAAUCGAGGACUGCAGAAAGAAUUUGAUGAAUCAUACUCUGCAACACAAGCUCUGGAGGCUAAAGUGAAGAGAAUGAAGGAACUGGUAGAAAACUUUGAAAAGAUUCAAAGUGAACAUGAAGAGGCAUUAGCCGACCUAGAGAAGGACACCAGGUUGAAAAGGGACCAGCUUAAAGCUGCUACGGAUUUACAUGGUGGCACCUUAAAGAGAAUUAAAGAUAAUAAUGCUAGGUGUACUGUUCUUAUGAAUAAAAGUAAAGAAUACCACGAGUCUUCUCAUGAAAUGGAAAAAUAUACUGAAGAUAUUCCAAAAAUCAUAGCAGAGCUUGAAAAAGAUUUAGAUGUGGUGGACUUCAAAAACAAAUCAGCUGCUCACACCGUGAGCACCUUGCAGUCAGAUAUUAAUAACUGGCAGCUCCGAACGCAGCGACUCGAGAGGACAAGCUUGGCUCAUCUCAAAGAAAGAAGAAAACUAGCGCAAGACACAAAGGGACUCCUGGAGGUUGAACGUGCUGAAAACGAACGACUAGCAAUCGAGUAUAAAGAUCUGAAGAAGAUGCUUUUGGAAGCCAGGCAGGAGUCAGUAUCUGUACUGAGAGUGAAAAACCAUGCACAUAAAAGGUGUAGCUAUUACACAGAGCUCUCUUUGUUGCAGAAGAGGAUGCACAAGGUUUUGGUAAAAUACUUAGAACAACGCAGCCUCCGCUUCUUGGUUGACCUGGAAGAGUGCCAGACUGUUGCCCGAAAAACUUCCCAGAAAAUAACAACUGCCCAGGGAAAGUUGUCGAAAGAAAUUCAGCUUCUCUCAGCGUUUCUACAGUCCGUCAGAGAGAGCUCUACCACCACCAAAAACGCUGAGAAGAGCAAGCAAACCAGUCCAGAUGCUUCUGAAGUGAAUGAGCAGAAACCUCCAGUUCAAGUAGCAGUGUAAUUGGACAUUCACCUGUACGAGACAACUUACUUACCCUAGCAUGCUUCACUAUCUCCCCCCCUCUUCACUUGCAGCAAAUCCAUAACAAUGAAACAGGUGACUUUCAUGCUGCUGUCAGGACUGAUCUAAU